AUGUUUUCUCUCAAAAACUUCUCCUGCAAUUUAGCCAUACUUCUAUUGUUACAAGCUUGUGUCGUUUGCUAUCCAAGAGAAAAGGUUUUUCAACAUAGUCCAGAAGAAGCUGGUGCAUUCGAGGGAGAUAUCAUACUUCCCCCACAAACUCGUGGUGUUGGAGAAAAAUCGGCGGCAGCCCGGUGGACUCAUGGCAUAGUACCAUAUGUAUUCAAAGCCGGUGACUUCGAUGCAGGAAAAAUAGCAAUCAUUGUUGGUGCAAUGCGACGUCUCGAACAAAGUGUUGCAAUUAACAACAAACUCUGUGUUCAGUUUCGACCUGCUACCGCAGCUGAUAAACAGUUUAUCACUAUCAAAGACGGAGUUGGAUGUACUAGUAGCGUUGGAAUGAACUGGGGUGGUGUCAAAGAACUUACUUUAGGACCAGGAUGUGUACAUGAAGGAACAAUAAUGCAUGAAAUGCUACACAGUUUAGGUUUCUGGCAUGAACAAUCACGACCCGAUCGAGAUAACUACGUGACUGUUGUAUAUGCCAAUGUUCAGAAAGGUCUAGAACAUGCCUUCAAUAAGUACACAACAACUGUUGACACGAUGGCCUUUCCCUAUGAUUAUAACAGUCUUUUACAUUAUGGUACUGAUUAUUUUAGUGCAAAUGGAAAACCAACUUUAGUGCCGAAAGAUCCUUCCGCUAAAAUUGGUCAACGCAAUGUUUUAAGUGCAACUGACAUCCUGGAAGUCCAACGUUAUUAUCAAUGUACGGGGCCGAAUGUGGGAUAA